CCCACCGCUACGAGCCCAGCCUGCCCUUCCAGCUGGUUAUCCUGGAAAAUGGAGAGCAAAACCAUCCUUGAAUUCCUGAUGUUCCUGAUUAUCUGGAUGCUCCUGAAAACAUCAGCUGUGGAUGCCUGGCUAGUAGCACAGCCCCAGGAGAACGUGUGGAUCACCCUCGCAAAGACACUCCAACAAGAACGCAUGUGCUUGUCCAUGGGCAGCGCCACCAACCCUCUGUCAUCCUGCCUGGUAAGGAUUCCUUUAAAGCCCCAUGAACAUCCUUUCACAGGGAAAGAACCCAACCCGGUAGACAUUUGGGAUGAGUGGACAAAGAUCUUGCCCCAUGCACCAGAGGAACCCCAGGAAUUGGAGCUUUUGGGAUCCUCCAAAGCUACCUAUUACAUAAAUUUUAAUUAUCACCCAGUAGCCAAUGCAUGGCCUGCCUCAAAAUACCAAAAGGCAAUUAAAUCAAGGAAAAAUGUGACUCCCAACAGUAAAAUUUACAGUCAGUCCAAAUGGUGCAAUUACACCAGCAGCACACGAUCCACCUCCUCUCACUAUCCCAGAGUGCUGCCCCGGGGAGUGUUCUUGAUGUGUGGGGAUAGAGUGUGGGCAGGAAUCCCUUCCCGACUCCGGGGAGGUCCUUGCACGCUUGGACAGCUUACCAUCCUCACUCCAAAUUCAACUCUAAUUAAUACAUGA